AUGCCCGUCCAAAGUAAAGACGUUGGCUCAUUGCUCAGGUUGUAUCAGAGCGAGAUCGAUACAUUGACAAACAGAGCAAAGGCGGCUGAGGGCUCGUUUCUCGCUCUGUACAGGGCGUUGGAAGACGCUCCGGAUCCUGUCGAGGAACUAGAGCGUUCGGCGAAGCAAAUGCAAACCAUAUCAGAUUUGAGGGAGGAGAUGCGCGUGCUUAAAGACGAGAGGGGGGGCUUGGUGGAACGAACGGCAGCGGCGAGCAGGUAUGAGAAAAGAAUUGAGGAUCUCGAGGCUCAGUUGAAUGGCGUCAAUGACCGAGUUGAGGGCGAGGCACGAGCAAAAGUUGAGCAGAAACAGGCCCAGUGGGUGUCCGCGCAGCAAAAGACUAUUGAGGCGUACGAGAUGCGCGAGCAGGAGCUUCUUCACCAGAUUCGAUUGGGAAAUGAAAACGCGAGGAGAGUGCAGACUGACGUCGAUGACCUGCAACGCCAACUUAACGAAGCGCACUCUCAACUUGAAAGUGUGAAGAGUACAAGAGCAAGCGUUAACGAGAUGGCGAUGGAAGACAUCGAGCGCACGCGAGCGGAAGUGAAGACCUGGCGGAGAAGAUGUAUCGAGCUUGAGAAGCUCAACGUCAGCGGCGAAGAAGGGGGCGAUGGAGCGGGGGCGAGCGAUGCAGUUGGAAGAUCCGCACUUUCGGCCGAACUUGCAGCCAGGGAUGUGGAGGUUUCACAACUGAAAGACCAAGUCACAGCUCUUGAGGAGGUCCUCGGCGGGAAGGACCAGGAGAAGAGCAACGAAUUUGCGACGCUUUCGGCAUCAAUCGCAUCAAAGGACACCGAGCUUUUGGAAUUGCGGGGGACUUUAGAAAAACUCCCUACCGUGGAGCAGUACGAGACUAUGAGUAGACAGUUUGAGACGUUGCAGUCCUUCCAGCUUUUGGAAAACGAGCGGGAUGCAGGUGAUACCGGUGGGGCAGAGGGAGAUACUGAAGACAGUAUCACUCCAAAAGUGGGCGACACACUGGAGAAGCGAUUGCUUGGCAAAGUGAAGAGUCUUGAGGGCCGACUAACACGAUUACGAGUUGAACUUGGCGAUCGAGAUUCACGAGUUACUGAACUGCUUGCAAUGGUACGGUCAUUCGAGGAGCAGGUUGGUGACCAAAAGUCAUUGAUUUCUAAGCUUGAGGAAGGUAUCAAUGCAAUGACUGGCGAUCAUGCGGGCGUACAUUCCUUAAAACGGAGAGCGGCUGCGGCUAGCAUUGGUGAUCUGAACCCGGCAGUGAGUCUCGAAGCAUUAAAGCAGGAAGAGAAAGAUGCGGAUAGCUCGUGGGAUUGGGGCGAGAAGCAUCAGGCUGAGGGUCUGCAGAACAUCAUUCGGGAGGAGCCGUCCAUGCUUGAUAUCGUCGCGGGACAACGAGACAGAUUCCGAGCGCGACUGAUGGAGCUUGAAGAAGACAAUAGGAAGCUCUUGGAGCGGAUUGAAAAGCUAACUAGCGACCUCGACUCUCUGAAGAGCGACAACGUUCGUCUGUAUGAAAAGAUUCGGUUUGUGCAAUCUUACAAGCAAUCAAACGGAUCUUUAGCAUCAGGGGCGGCCACAGUAACGAUAGAACCCUCUCCCAGCGGUGGGGAUGAGGAAGACGGGACAGGCAACUUCCUCGGCAAGUAUCGGUCCAUGUACGAAGACAUGGUAAAUCCGUACACGAUCUUCAACAGACGGGAACGGCACAAACGGAUGAGCGAGAUGUCAGCACCCGAGAGGCUGACGCUUCGAGCAGGGCAGAAGGCACUGAGCACGAGGACAUCACGUCUUAUCGUGUUCUUCUAUAUAAUAGCACUGCAUGUGUUUGUCGCUUUGGUGCUCGGAUUCUCGUCGAGCUUGGUAUGUGAAAGCGAGGUAACAACUAAGGCACAGCACUAG